GGCUGACGUGUCCGCUCCCGGUCUGCGUCUGGACGAGUCCGGCUGUGAUGGCGGACGCCUGGGAGGAGAUCCGGCGCUUGGCGGCUGACUUCCAGCGCGCGCAGUUCGCCGAGGCCACACAGAGGUUGUCAGAGCGGAACUGCAUUGAGAUUGUGAAUAAAUUGAUUGCUCAGAAACAGUUAGAAGUAGUUCACACACUUGAUGGAAAGGAAUAUAUUACUCCAGCCCAAAUUAGCAAGGAAAUGAAAGAUGAGCUCCAUGUUCGGGGUGGCCGAGUAAACAUUGUUGACCUACAACAGGUAAUUAAUGUGGACCUGACUCAUAUUGAAAAUAGAAUUGGCGAUAUUAUUAAAUCAGAAAAGCAUGUUCAACUAGUACUGGGACAACUAAUAGAUGAGAACUAUUUGGAUCAUUUAGCAGAGGAGGUAAAUGAUAAGUUGCAAGAAAGCGGUCAGGUAACGAUAUCAGAAUUGUGUAAGACUUAUGAUCUUCCUGGAAAUUUUCUAACACAGGCACUCACUCAGAGAAUUGGUAGAAUUAUCAAUGGACAUAUUGAUCUUGACAACAGAGGAGUAAUUUUUACAGAAGCUUUUGUAGCUCGACAUAAAGCUCGCAUCCGUGGACUUUUCAGUGCUGUUACCCGACCUACAGCAGUGAAUUCUUUAAUUUCAAAAUAUGGAUUUCAAGAGCAACUUCUUUACUCUGUGCUUGAGGAGCUUGUCAAUAGUGGCCGCUUGCGAGGCACUGUGGUUGGUGGAAGGCAAGAUAAAGCUGUGUUUGUCCCGGACAUCUACUCCAAGACACAGAGUGCUUGGGUGGAUUCCUUUUUCAGACAGAAUGGCUAUCUAGAAUUUGAUGCCUUGUGCAGACUUGGAAUCCCAGAUGCUGUUAACUACAUAAAGAAAAGAUACAAGACUACACAGCUCUUGUUUUUGAAAGCGGCUUGUGUCGGCCAAGGACUUGUGGACCAGGUGGAAGCAUCAGUGGAGGAAGCUAUCAGCUCUGGAACAUGGGUUGAUAUUGCACCUCUGCUACCCAGUUCUUUAUCAGUUGAAGAUGCUGCCAUGUUGCUUCAACAGGUGAUGAGAGCAUUCACCAAACAGGCAUCAGCUGUUGUCUUUAAUGACACUAUUGUAGCUAGUGAAAAGUUUAUAAAUGACUGUGCAGAGCUGUUCAAUGAACUGAUGCACCAAAAAGCGGAAAAGGAAAUGAAAAACAAUCCUGUACAUUUAAUCACUGAAGAAGAUCUGAAACAAGUCUCCGUGUUAGAAAGUGUUAAUACAAAUAAAAAAGAUAAAAAAGACGAGAGGAGGAGGAAAGCAACAGAGGGUAGUGGAAGUGUGAGAGGAGGAGGUGGGGGCAAUGCCAGAGAAUACAAAAUUAAGAAGGUAAAGAAGAAAGGAAGAAAAGAUGAUGAUAGUGAUGAUGAGUCUCAGUCAUCUCACACCGGAAAGAAAAAGCCAGAGAUGACUUUUAUGUUCCAGGAUGAAAUUGAAGACAUUUUAAGAAAACAUGUACAAGAUGCUCCUGAGGAAUUUAUUUCUGAACUUGCAGAACACUUGAUAAGGCCUCUUAAUAAAACUUAUCUCGAGGUAGUACGUUCAGUAUUUAUGUCUUCAACUUCUGCAUCUGGAACUGGCAGAAAACGCACCAUCAAGGAUUUGCAAGAAGAAGUUUCAAACUUGUAUAAUAAUAUUAGAUUGUUUGAAAAAGGGAUGAAAUUUUUUGCAGAUGACACUCAGGCUUCCCUUACCAAGCACUUGCUGAAGACCGUGUGUACAGACAUCACUAACCUCAUUUUCAACUUCCUAGCUUCAGAUUUGAUGAUGGCGGUAGAUGAUCCUUCAACCAUUACAAGUGAAGUAAGAAAAAAGAUUUUAAGCAAGUUGUCAGAAGAAACCAAAGUAACUCUCACAAAACUCCAUAAUUCUCUGAAUGAAAAGAGCAUAGAAGACUUUCUUUCUUGUCUGGAUUCAGCAACAGAAACAUGUGAUAUUAUGCUAAAGAAAGGAGACAAGAAAAGAGAAAGACAGAUAAUGUUCCAGCAUCGACAAGCACUGGCUGAACAGCUGAAAGUCACAGAAGACCCUGCUCUCAUUCUGCACCUCACGUCAGUCUUACUGUUUCAGUUCUCAACCCACAGCAUGCUCCAUGCACCGGGAAGAUGUGUCCCACAGAUCAUUGCUUUUCUUAAUAAUAAAAUUCCAGAGGAUCAAUAUACUCUUUUGGUACAAUAUCAAGGUUUGGUUGUAAAGCAGUUGGUUAGUCAGAAUAAGAAGACUGGACAGGGAGAUGAUUCUUUGAAUGAGGAAUUGGACAAAGAACAGCAAGAUAUCAUCAAUACUACUCGUAAAGAACUUCAGGAACUUUCUUCAUCCAUUAAAGACCUGAUCCUGAAAUCCAGGAAGUCAUCUGUGACAGAGGAGUAAUUAGCUUAAUUUAUUUUUGUUAAAUAGUAAAUAUUUCUCCCCAAAAUUAAAAGUGAGUGGUCACAAAAAAAAAAAAUAGUCACUUCAUAACUCCCCAUUCCCAUGUAACAAUCCCACCCCAGUUACAAUACAGUUAAAACAACAAAGUUACACUAAAUGGAAAUUUUCUACAGAUUUUAAAUUUUAUAAAAUGGGAUCUCUGAAAAGCUUUUCUUUUACAAUAUCUUCUCAUGAUUUUUAUGUGAAACAAGUUAUUUUCAUGUAUAAUAACGUAGAGAUAUUUCACAUAAUCCUAAAAAUUAUACAUUUUAGAUUUUUUUUUCCAAAUGGUAAGUGAAAUGUAAAUUUUUUGGUAUUAUCCAUGUCCAGGAAAGGACUCAUUUGUUUGCACUAGAUUCAAAUGAUAUUGCUGUAUUUAUAUACAUUCAAGCAGAAGCUUACAAUGUGGUCAUGAUUAUUUUUAAAAGUAUACAUUGGGUAUCUAAAAAAAUGUAUCGUGGUUUUUCUUAAUGAAGAAAGAUUCAAAAUUAAUACAAAAAUUUACAUUGCAUAAAUAUGCUUAUAUAUAUUUAUAUAUAUUACUAAGCCUUUGCUCUGAUUUCUGGCAGGGAGAGGGCCCCCUAUAUCCUCUACUGGAGUGAACUGUCAUGAGUUUGGGACAUAACAUAUGCUUUAUAGGGCAGAAGAACAUGAGAAUGGCAUUGUUAUGCUUUGCUACAUACAAGUUGCUACUAAAAAUGAGAAAAAGCAUGAGAUUUACAAGUAGUUGUAUGUCCCAUUUAAUAAUAGAAUAAGUGAAAUUUAAAUACUGAAUUUUUCUUUUGUCCAGUAUACAUUGUUGGAUUUCAUUUUUCAUUUUCCUAGCAGUCCUUGUACCUACUAUUUCAUAAAUACCUGUAUGAUACUUAGGCUGUUUUUUUCUGGUGAUAAGAAAAUCUGUAAGCAUAUUCAGGUCACUGAAACUGUUUCUUCCAAAAAUAGAAACUCUUAUUUAAAAUAAAAGUUAUUGCUUUCUGAAGCUUAUUAGUUAAAAGAUAGAAUAGCUCCUUGGAAUAAUCAUUUUAACCAGAUGAAUUUAAAUAAUUUAUUAUAUUUUGAAUAUAAUAAUAAAUGCCAAAUACCAAGGAAAAUAUUAUUUCAUGUAAUUCCUUAAUUUGCAUUUUUAUUUUAAAAUUUUUGAAUACAAAGAUCAGUCCACCCUGCAUGAUUGUAGACAAACACUAGUGUUGAGUGACCGUGACUAAGACUAAGCACUAUCAGUAAAACUGAUAAGAAUUUAAGAUUUAAUUAAAACAGUUUUCCAUGAGUAUUUUCUACUACAUUUUCAUAUGGGCAAAGAAAGAACAAUGACAAGGACCUUCAUAACCACAAACUCCAAUUUAGAUCGAUUGGCAUUUAGCUUCAAAAAAACUGAACACUCAGCCUAUUUUUUAGUUUACUCUUUGCUUAAAAAUGUUAUUUAUUUGUAUUUUAGCAAAUACCAAAGUAAUUCAUGUUUUGUCAGGCUAGGUCACAAAAAAUAAAUGAAAGAGAUGAUGAAAUAAAUGAAAAGAAAGUUGUUCUGUGUUACUUUUUAUGCAUUCUGUUUUUCCUGUUUGUUGCAGUAAUCCCUAUUUUUCCAUAGUAAAAAUUUUUAUUGUUUUUGUAAAUAAAAAUAUAUGCCUGAUUUUAUAUGUGGAAAUCUGAUUUCAUAAUUGAAAAUUAUAGUGUGCUCAUUUUGAUAUUUAUGGGCAUGGUUAAAAAUAAAAUUGGUUAUUCUGUUUAA